AUGUUUAGCUGUCUGUGGCAACUGUGGGAUUGGAUUGAUCCGCCCACUUUCACGACGAUGGAAAGUAAAAAGCUACAACAGCUGCAGCAAGCCAACUCGCACCUGGCACCGAUGCCACAGCUGAAGGCACCGGGCUUCCAGCAACCACCACCCGGAGGCUAUGAUUAUGGGACCGCCGGUGGGGGGACAACAUUGGCCGUCGGUCGGUUCGUGGGAGGCCCGGGUGGCUCGGGAAACGUGGCGGCAUCUCACCAAUAUCAGGCGUACGCGGCCAACUUUGCCCAGCAUCCCGCACUGCGGUCACCGUAUUCCACCGGAAGCCCCAAAUCAUCGCUGAGCGCGACGAGUGGCGCCAUGUACGGUGCGACCGAUGGAGGCGAACUGUCCUCGAACAGCGGUGGAGGAGCCGGCGGUCAGUCCCAUCUCCUUCACCCGCACUUUCAUCCGCAGCAGCAGCAGCAGCAGUACCGCAGCAACAAUACCAUCGGUGGUAGCAAUUAUGGAUUCGACCAGCAGCAGCAGCAGCAGCACCUGCAGCGGGUCAGUUCCCCCUCGAGUAGCGGCGAACGGGAGCGGUUGUACCAGACGGCUCCCCUGGUGCGCGGUGCUGCCCCCGUCGGCACACCGCACUCGGUGACCAGCAGCAGCGGACCAGGGGGCGGUGCGUCUGCGAUGUCAAAGCUGGAGCUCCAGUUCCAACAGUUGCAGCGGGAAAAGAUUCAACAGCAGAUCAAAACGGCCACCGAAGCGAUUGCACAUCAGCAGCAAACAUUCGCGCUCCGUCAGCAACUGAAUCCACCGGUGCCGAACUAUCACCUGAAGCAAAAUUUGCUGCAAAACCUGUCCCAACAGCAUCAGCAACAAAUACAGCAUCAGCAGCAGCAACAGCAAAUCCACCAACAACAACAGCAGCAGCAGCAGCAACAACCGCAGCAGCAACAGUCGCUGCAGAAGCACGUGCAACAGCAGCAGCAGGCGAAACAGUCCGCCCAAAAAGCACAGCACACUUUGAAACAGCAGCAGCACCACCAACAGCAACGUUACCCUGGCAACAGCCAGAACCGCAACGUGCCGCCAUCCAGUUUAAACCUCAUGAACCAUUGCCAGCCGGCCGGCGGGGAAAGUGAUAAGCUGAUGCGUUCCCACGGUCCCACUUAUCACGGCCCGCCCGAAGAGGAAUCGCUGUACCAGAAGAGCACCGGUGGCUUUGCGGGUGUCGUUUCACCGCUGGCCGGGGCCAACGGGGAGAUAAUCAUUCAGCAAAACAUUCCCGGCCAGGUGGUGAACCAAGCGUGUCAGACCCAGAUAAGCUCGAUGCACCAGCAAGGCCAGAGCCAGAUGAAACCGUCACCAUCCGAUACGCUCUCCUCUCCAUCGCACGAUGCCAUCGAGCGGAAGCGUAGUAGUGGCGGUGGGAGCGGCAGUGGCCAGCAGCACACGCUCAAGUCUCCGGUCACGAAGCGCCCAGCCAACGCACCCGUGGCCCUGUCGGGCUGGCUGUACAAGCAGGGUUCGGAUGGGCUGAAAGUUUGGCGCCGCCGCUGGUUCGUCCUGUCCGAGUACGUCCUGUACUACUACAAAAGCCCGGAGGAGGAGAAACUGCUCGGCACGGUGCUGUUACCUUCCUACCGGGUGUCGGCCUGCUUUCCCGAGGACAAAAUCUACCGCAAGUUUGCGUUCAAGUGCGAGCAUGCCAAUAUGCGCACGUUUGUGUUUGCGGCGGAAAACGGAGAGUCCAUGAGCCAGUGGGUGCGCGCCCUAACGCUGGCCACGAUGAUGAUGCAGGGCGUCGUCGUUGGUCCAGGGGUUGGCGGUGAGAUGGAAACCGGCGCAAACGCACUAUCGAGUGACUCGUCCAGUGGAAACACCGGCGGCGGUGGCGGCGGAGGCCAAUCGGGCAGUUCGAGCGAGAACGCCAAGGUGGGCCACGGACAGGCAACCGCUGGAGGUAGUGGCAGUAGUGGCAGCAGUGGUGGUGGUGGCCCAGGAACCAACAGUGACGGUAUGUCUCUGCCACAACCCCUGUACGCGAAUGCGCCACCGAAACCGAGGCGUGUAAACGAUGCAGGCUACUCUUCGCCCAGCCCGGACCAUGCAAUCAUACACGAUCGGUACGAGCAAAUGAUGCAACAACAGCAGCAGCAGCACCAGCAACAGCAACAAAAACCACAACAACAACACUUGCUGGCUUCGGUACAAUUUCCACCGGGACAUCCGUCGCGUAUCGCACCAACGCUUCUCACGGCGAACGCAAUUUAUGGAGAUCCGAAGCGUAUUGAGCGUGAUCUCUACAUCCAGAAGCUUAUCGAGCAGCAACAGCAGCAACAACAGCAGCAACAACAAUCCCAACUUAAUGCCAGUAAACAACAAUCCGCACAGCAGGCUGCUCUCGGAAUGCAUUCGUCCCCUUUGCACGGGCAAAUCAUGCGUGGCGGUACCAGUGGCCCGGGCACGAAUCCAUUCCUUUAUCCGAACAGCGAUCGUCGCACACCGGACACGUACGGACCACCGAACUCUGCCGUCGACCCGAAGCACAUGUCGGACUAUGAGGACAUCUACAACUUGACCAUGCUUUCGAAAUCACUGCCCGCGAAUGGUGCUGCACCGUUGGAGGCUGUUACGGGUGGCGUCUACAAGCGGCCAUCGAGUCCUCAGCGUUAUACUGCCGGAGUCUUUCAACCGUACGUCACUAACGCGCCCUACAAUGGCAACCAGUUUGAGGUCCAGAAUGUAGCGAUGACUCCCGAGCACCAGCAGCAGCAGCAGCAGCAUAGUGUGCACAUGCGUUCCCGACCGGUACCGCCGAGCAUACCGCGACCACAUUCGGCCGAUUUUCUAGACUACGAAGCGAGACAUCCCUUGAACCAUGGCACCGGUCGCAAUCACGCCAACGACGAGCAACCGAAUCCACACCGAACCCCGCGGCCCAAGUCCAGUCUCGACAUCAACCGCACGCCCGACCACUACUACUACUCCGAGGCGAGCUAUGCGGAAAAGAUGCGCCUCCAGAGUGCGUCCUAUUUGCAGCGAGCGAACAAAGGGGCGGUUUCCCGAAAGCAACGAUCCGACGACAUGCAAGGAUUAUUUGCAGGAGGUGGAACGAUGCCACGCGAUGGGUUGUACCGGAGUGCGAGUGGGAAAAUUUUUACCGCUCCCCAACAGCAGCCCCAACCUUUGAGUAACAACAACGCUGACGAGUACCACCACCCGGCGGAAGGGUCGCAGAGCAUGCCCCGACCGUCGACGAGCGAUCGCGGCGGCGGCGGCGGCCGACCUUCGGUGCAGAGUCUCAAGAAACCGGCCAAUGCGGUCCAGCAGCAGCAGGAACAGUUUGCGCGCUCGGCCAGUGCUCGGUUGCCACGGAAGGAGGAAGAUGCGUCGCUGCGCGAUGGCGAGCGAAAGCGAGAGGAAUCGAUGAAACGGUUGCUGGAGUGGAAACAGCGCAUGCUGCAGUCACCGCUGACCAAAAAGAUCACCAGCCAGCAGGCGGCUUCGAUGGCUUCGGCCGAAUCGCUGCUCGGCGACGGCCGACGACACGGCGAUCUGUACGGGGUAAAGAUUGACGGUAGCGAUGGAAUGCUGCGAGCGGAGUACUACGGAACUGCACCGGUACCAUCCGCAUACGAUCGGCAGUCGAUCGGUGAUCUUUCGCGCAUUGGCGCUGGUGGUGCCGUCGUAGUCGGGCACCAUUCUAGCUCGACCAACGUGACCCAGGGCGGCGCGUACGGCAGUGAGAUGAAACUGAACGGUGACUACACCAGCUACUCGUCGGACGAUGAAGCUUCCAUCUCGGUGCGCAACGUGUUCAACAUUCCGAAGGUACCGCUCACCGUCAAACCGGAUCCAUCGGAUCCGAUUUAUCAGGGCCACGUCCAGCAGGGUAAGGGAACUCCGGGUGACGGUGGCUACUACGAAGGCCUUUCGACAGCGUUACUGACUGCCGAGUACUUCCCAGACGACAGAUAUGUUCGGCCGGACAUCAGCUUCGAGUCGACGCACGAUUUGUACACGCAAGCGCAACUGCAACGGGCCCAAGAGCUGAACCUGCAACAGCACUACCAACUGCAGGACAUCGAUCGGAGUCUGGCGACGAUGCAGGACCAGCAGCUGGAUGCGUCACCGCAAACACCGAUAGGGAUGCACGGGGCUGAUAAUAAAUGGAUGAGCAGUAGUACCAACGUUCGAGGUGGUGGAGCUCGUGAUGAUGGCGGAAGUUACCUGAAUGAUCCUCAUAACGCUGGUGCAUCCAACAAACGACCGGAAUUGAAGCCAUUGGAUGUUUCCGCCGGCGAUCUGUUAAAUCGGACGCAUGAAGAAUUGAUACUUCUCUUAAUUCAACUGCGACGACAAAACACUCAAACGGCUCGAGCGAUAGAGCAAUGCUGCACAAACAUUCACGAACUACAGAAUCUUGCCCGCACUGCCGAAGGUGAUCGAAAGGCAGACAGUUUAGUGAGACUGGAGUCCCUGAAACAGCAGCUGAUUGAGCUGGAGAAGCAAUAUGAGAAGGAAAAACCCUUGAUCAAUCUGGUCGAUAACAUGGUUAAGCUCGGAAGCUUAUACCGUGGGCCGACGGCCGGUGGUAAAAGCCAGCUCCAGUCACCCGAAUCGGCCACCCUGGAUCGUCUGGAGUUUAACCAGCGUAUGCAGGAACGCCGUUUGUUGCAGGAAGAGCAGCGUCAGUGGGAUCGAACCAGCCCGAACCAUGCGGAAUUGCAGUCAAAGGUUCAGCAGCUGUAUCAGAUCGAUAAAUUGAUGCAGGAGGAAUCGGGAACACUGCAGGCGUUGCAGCGAGAUAAGGAAAAUCUGGAGAAAGCGCUUGCCACUCUGAAAACAAGGAUUUUGUGCCGUGAAGGAGGUGUCCCGGUGGCAAUGGACUCUGCUCGACAACAGCAGCACACAUUGGAACGAGAGCUUUCGCGCGUUCAUCAGCUGCUGGCGGCUAAUUCAAAGAAACUGGAGAAAACCGUCUCGACUAACGCUCGCCUCGAACAGGAGCUGCUAGUUCUGCGGCAAAAGCUGCAAGCUACGCGUGAACAUCGCUCGAUGCACUCUGUGUACGACUCCGCGGCAAUUGUCGAUGGUAGCGGUCAGUAUGUUACCGGUUCGGUGACGGCGGUCCUCGAGUCCGAACUGAAGCGUGCCAAACUGCUCGUCGGCGAUAUGCAGCGUCAGCGACAAGAGCUAGGCCAAGCCGUUCGUCAACUAACUUCGUACGGCGAUCUGAACACACCUGCGUCGGAUCGUUCGCAGACCGACGAAAAGCAUCACCACGAGCAACAGAUGCGUGAGGAUCAGUCCUCGAAAUCGAAGCACAAACGCAGCUACUCGUCCUCUUGGGUUGAAACCGACCUCGAUUAUGCCAUCAGCAAGGAUGGUAGCCACAGUCGGACCAUGUCAUCGUCGAACUCGAGUGUGCUGACGAUCGAUGAUGAGAUGCAAAGCCUGUUCCUACCCAAUACGGCCAAACCCGCCGACGGUGGGGACGCAUCAAUGGAUGAACUGUACGGUGGAACCGGUGGGACCUACAGCUAUGGGGUGAACGCAGCGGACAAGCAGGAAAUAAAAACGGUUCGCAUAGUGAAACGUGAAUCCGAGCGGCGAAUGCGAGACAAAGAGAAGAAUGAUCGGAACCUGGCGCUCAGUUUGGAUCAGGUGCUCGAAGAGGAGGCACAGUUGAUGGAAGACUAUCAGCGAUCCAAAUCGUUGCCUCGCGGCUACGAGACGCAUGAAAUGUACGUACAGAACCAUGACCCCCGUGUCACUACGUCCAUGGAUGGAAGUAGUCUUAUGAGCGAUUUCUACAGCAGUGUCGUAGCGUCAGCGAACGGUAACAGCUAUCCGGUGUCGUUGAUCGAUCGCCAGGCGGAUCUGUACACGGGUCACUUUGAGCCAACGUUGCAGUCGAAAUAUGGCAUCAAUGGUGGGGCCGAAGUGGGAGAUGAAUCACCUUCCUUAGCAUCGGCUAGAUACCAUUAUCAGCCACAGCAACCACCGAAUCAGCAACAGCAUUAUGCGACUGCAUCGAACGAAAUGCCAACAGCGCUAGGCUUGAAGCUUAAAACGGCGGAAUCUAUUCAAAGCCUAACGAACGCAGAUGCCGAACACGGGCCCGUGUUUCAAAGUGAGGCCGCCAAACAGAUCAUCAACGAGAUGGCCACGGGAGGCACUGCGGCGGGCGUAGAGGCUGUCGGUAGUGAUUCGGGAAGUAGCAGCGGCGAGGCGAAGAGAGGAAGCAGUACCACCACCACCACCGCACAGAUACAGCAGGAACAGCAGCUGCAGGCAUUGCAAAGGCAGCGUGCCGAAAGUCAGAACCGCCAACGGCGGGCAGUACCGAAGGACAAGCGUCGCCAUCACACCGCUCCCCAUCACGUGAACGCGAAAUCGAUAGAACUGAUGCACAGCGAAAACGAUAUGAACAAAAAUAAUGUCAAUUGGCGUGCUAGAGAUGACGUCGAUCUCGAGGUGACCAUACGUCCACGCUCGAAUGCCCCAGAUGUAGUGCGCUCGGCACUGGGACCAAGGGAGAAGAUAUCCGAGCACACGAUCGAUAAGCUACUGGCAGCGCCGAGCAAAAUUCUCAUCCCGGAACGCUACGUUCCCGAGCAGACGCCCGAGUUGUCACCGGAGGAGAAGAAACGACGCCAGGAGAAGGUGGAAGCGAUCAAAAAGAUGCUGUCCGACACACCGAUCGGUGGAGCUGGAGCGAACGAAUCUGGCCCAAACACAGAACAGAAUGCGGAAAAGAAACAGCGCGAACAUCUCAUCCAAUUGAAUCAGAUCCUUGCGCAACAGGUUAUGCAGAUGAGUAAAAUAGUUGCAGGCAACCCCAGUCAUCAUUCAGCAACUAAUGCACAAAAGUAGAUAGAGCUGCUUGUUCUUGCAUUGCCUUUGUUGUGUUACGCAAACGUGUGCGCACUG